AUGCUUAUUCCAGAUGGAAAAUUUGUGGGUGAAAUAGUGAAUGGAGGUGAAACAGCCCAAGUUAUGACCGAUUCUAUCUACAACGACGGGCGAUGGCACACGAUCUACUGGGAAGCUGACGAUCUUGGAAUGAGACUGCGAGUCGAUGGCAAAACCACCGAAAUGAAUGCCACACUUAUACUGCCCAACGCUCAUCAGUGGACAAUCGGAGUCCAUAUUGGUGAGGAGGGCUACUGUCGUGAAGGCCUAUGCAAAAAUGGAGAGUACAGUAUGUUCGUUCCGACCGGCUCAUUCUUGCAAAUCCCAUGGCAGAAUCCGGCUCACACAGACAACUGCCACCAGAUUGCCAUCCAGACCAGCGUCACCAACGUCUCUCUGGUUAAAUCAAAAGCACUCUUCGCUGAGUCGACCUUCAACAUGUCCAUAAACCCACGAGGGCACUUGACGUUGUCUGUUUAUGACGGAUUUUUCUUCAAUCACAAAAAUUCUGAGAAGCGAUGGAAUCUCAGCGAUAACAUCAUGCAUGACAUAGCUUUCUGUGCAUCUGAUUCAAGUUUCAACCUAACGGAAUCAUCAGAUGACAACGCUAUUGUUGGCCUAGCGGUAGCCGGCUUUUUGGCGCUGCUUCUCUCAAUCCUUGUAUGCUACAUGAGAUCUCGUCCAGAAGGCGUGUACAAAACGAAUGAAGGCGAAUACAGUCCAUCUCGAAGUGAAGAACCACUGGUGAACGGUGUGCCAGCAGGUGGAAAGGAGUACUUUUGUUGA